AUGCCUCUUCCGCAGCGAGCCUUAGGGCGAGAUGGUCCCAAAGUCCCUGCCAUCGGUCUCGGUUUUGGAAGCAUUGCCGGAUUCUAUGGACCAGCGGGGACCCUCGACGAAAAGGUAGCCCGGCUAGAGCAUGCGCAUGCCACCGGACUUCAUUUUUGGGACAUGGCCGAUAUCUACGGUGACAGCGAGGACGUUGCUGGCGAAUGGAUCAAGCGAUCUGGCAAGCGUGAUGAUAUCUUCUUAGCUACCAAGUUUAGCCUCCAGCGCCAACCUGAUGGGAGGUUCUCCUUUCGAUCUGACCCCGAAUAUGUCAAGGCUGCUUGUGAAAAGAGCCUCCAGAGACUAGGGGUAGACACUAUUGACCUUUACUAUUGUCAUCGGGUGGAUGGGAUUACGCCUAUUGAGGAGACCAUAGAAGCUAUGGUGGGUCUAAAGAAUCAAGGGAAAAUUCGACAUCUGGGCCUGUCAGAGGUCUCGUCCACUACGCUGCGUCGAGCACACGCCGUCCAUCCUAUUGCAGCUGUGCAGGUGGAAUAUAGCCUCUUCAGACUCGACUUCGAAUCCUCGCCCUCGGAUAUUAUGGGAACCUGCCGCGAGUUGGGUGUGGCUAUUGUAGCCUUCAGCCCGAUCGGACGCGGGGUUUUGACGGGUCAAUUUCAAUCUCGCGAAGACAUUCCUACCGGAGACAUUCGUUGUGUAUUACCCAAGUUCUCGGAAGACAACUUUCCCAAGAUCUUGGAGUUGGUACAAGGCUUGAAGGAUGUGGCUAAAUCGCAUGGAAGCACUCCGGCACAGGUUGCUCUUGCGUGGCUGCUAGCGCAGGGAUCAGAUAUUAUUCCCAUCCCUGGUACGAAGUCGACUGCUCGAAUGGAUGAAAAUGCGGCCUCAGCUCUCCUUGAGAUGAGUGAUGAAGAAGUACAAGGGAUUCGGAGACUGGUUGAGCGAGUAGAGAUCAAGGGUACUCAGUAUCCUUCCGCGUAA